GUAGUUAUACAUGUGUAUGCUAGAUAUUCUAAAACGUUGUGAUAACGUUCACGACUCGCACACCACAUCAAGUCAAUGUCAUGUACGUCAUGGAUCGUACGGUGAACGUAUAUUGGGGUCCUAUAUAUAACGUUUGAGACAUAGGCUAGUAGCUCAUUUAGUUCAGAACCUGCACGAGGACGCAUCAACACCAACAAAUGGAUAAGCGUGCCAAAAUUCAGACUCUUCAGAAGAACAGCGCGGUUGUUGAUUUAACACUGUUCCACGACAUUGUGAUGGAACAAUUCAAAGGAGUGAGCGAGGAAGGAAGAAACAGAUUAUCUUCAAAAUUUGAGAAUGGAUUUAUGAAUGUUCUUCAGCAGUGCUAUGGAGACAAGAAAGUGGAAGCCAGCGAAGUGUACAUGAAGUACAUGUUGAACAAAGGCAAUGUUCAUAUAUCCAAAACGAAAUGGAAGACACUUGACGAGUUUAUUCGAUACCAAGGAAGAGUUGGGCGUUUCCUUGUGGAUUACUCAAGCAAAAUCUGGUACAUUAAAAAUCUCCAGAAAGUGGAGGCUACCGCGCACGUUUUGCCGUCACGUCCUAAACCGCGUUACGUUGAUAGAAACUUUAAAGGACAAAGUGAUCGUAAUGGACUCACGCCUACUAAAGAAGAUAUGUGCAACAACACUCCGCAGUGUGACGAAAACACAAGAGUGCCUCCGAUAAUGAACACAGGUUCAGAGCCACUAAAACAAAACAAUCAGAAGUGGACACUUAAACGAGAAAAAGUCGUCUUCAAAAUGUCCCCGCGACGAUCUCCCUACAAGAAAGAUCAAAGGACAUCUUUAUCACAAAAAUCUCUCAGCAACCACGUGAAACCCAACAGCAACCGGAAGUCCGCACUCGCAGAAAUAAUGGAAGAAGAGGAGAAGGAGAAAGAAAGGAUGAACCGACGGGACAGUUGGCUGCGGGCAGGGAUCGUGGUAACCAUCAUCACAGACAAGUAUGGCAGAAGUAACCACAGGAAGAAGUGCAGAAUCAUAGGUCUUCUGUCUCCUUAUACUGGCGUCGCGCAUGUGCUGUGUAAUGACAAUAUCUUGAUGGUGGACCAGAAAUACCUCAUGACUCUUGUGCCUGAGGUUGGGGAUGUAACGUGCAUCGUUAAUGGCGCGUACAGAGGAGAAAGGGGAGUGAUUGAGAGAAUCAGCACGGGUCAGAAUGCUAAGCCAGUGUGUCGUGUCAGAUUACGUGGGAGCCCCCCUCAGUGGUCGUUUGGUGUCUGUAGAGAAGGACGGCUGUUUUACGCGGACUGAGUCCAUACAGUGGAUGUCAUUUCGCAUAAUAGUUUGUAUUUUGAUGCUAUUUACUGGGAUUUAUUUAAUCACAACAUUCUAUUGUUCAGUCUCCUAUAUAUUGAACAUUGAGAGACAUUUUUGUACCUUAGGAUACAACAAGGAACAAACGUUCGUAUUUACAUUUUCCGUUAUGUUGUCUGACUAAUUUAGAUGAAGAUGCCGCUAGAGUUAUUAAACUUGUUAAAAACAUUCGAAAAUAAUUUAAGGAUUCUAGAUAUUAAACUUUCGAUUAAAAGCCCCAUUGGCUUUGUGGUAAGCACCAAUCUGUUUUUUUAGUUUCCGAACUGCAUGGAAGAUUAUAGUUCAUGUGAGAGUUUAAUCAUUCGCAAAGAGUAAACACUUCACGGAUUGAGGAAUUGUAUGGCGCCUGUUAACAGUACACGUCGGUGCUGCUACAGAUCCCACGGAGAACUUCACUUGCUGCUGGUAAUGCGGUGUUUGUGGACAUCAAACAUGGUAUUUCUGUUCCUCCAAUUGGGACACUUAACCCGGGCAUGCAUAUAGAACUCAUUAUUAACUAGAAGGUCAUAAUGUGCUCCUAAAGUACGAAAACAUAUUCUUGUGUUCUUUAAAUAAGAAUACAUAUAUUCCUGCCAGCAAACCCUGAUUAAAUAUAUUCGUAUUGACAGGUUAUUUGUAGGUUUGUCUGUUCUGCCAUCUCAGUAUUGCUCAUUGUCAUUGUAGCAGUGAAGCUGUCUUGUGUCUUGUGUAAUCAGUCAUUUGCAAUAAA